AUGGAAUUUAAGGCAGUGAUAACCAGCGGUGUUUCUUUGGCAAUCUUGCUUUCGUACAUAUACAUAAUUACCAGCAUUGACAAAUAUGAAAGUUCAGACCUUCCAGCUUUUAAAAAGCCAAUAGAAAGCAAGCAGAUUCAUACCAGAAGAAUAAAAAAUUCUGAAAAACAGUUUAAGAACACAUUGGAUAAUAAGAACCAAUGGAGUAUUCCACAACAAAGGCUGGAGAUCAAUACAGCACUAAAGACUAGACACAGAGGAGUUUUUUAUCUAAAAGUUAACAAAGCAGGGAGCUGCACACUUCAAGCAAUGUUUAAUAAAUAUGCUGAUAAACACAACCAAAUUGUUGGAAUGCCAUGUAGUAAUUCUGGUGGUGAGAGACACUUGGUGGGAUGGCCUGAACCAUUCAAACCAGAAUAUUUAAUCCCUCUGAGCAAGAACUACACAUAUUGGGAACACCUAAAUGAGCAUAUAAAAUACAGUUCAAAAAUUAAACAAGUUAUGGCCCCAGGGAGUGUAUUCGUCGCAUCAAUCCGUGAACCACUUUCACAUUUCUUUUCAUAUUAUAACUUUUACAACAUGGAGAAAACCUAUGAAGGAUAUCUCAAAGAGCCUAAUAAAUUCAAAUAUUUUUUAGAUAACAUUAAAACUAUGCCGCACCUUGAACUGAUCCAUCACAUGCCUCCUAGUAACCCAAUUGCACAAUGUUUCGGAAUCAAACAGGAGGAACAAUAUAACAUCACAGCAAUACAAGAAAAAAUCAAUGAAAUCGAAAAGGAGUUUGACUUAGUGAUAUUAGCUGAGUUUAUGGAUGAGAGUCUCAUUUUGUUGACUGAAUGCUCAGAUUUAACAAUCGAAGAUAUAGUCAUCUUAAAAAAUGCAAAUGUGAGGAACAUUAAAAAAUCAAAGCCAGUUUUAACUCCUACUGAAUAUGAGAACUUAAUCCAAUGGAACUUAGCCGACUCAAUGAUAUACAAUCAUUUCAACAAAACUCUAUGGGAAAAAAUUGACAAUUUUGGUCGUCACAAAAUGGCUAUAAAAAUCUUAGAACUCGAUAUGGCUAAAUCAAUAAAGCAGAAGGAAUGUGACUCUGUUCAGAGGAAACCUAAUUUGACAAGAAUAGAAGAUUUAAAAAUAAAACAUGACUGUAUGAUCCCACGCCUAAAUUAUAUAGGUGCUGAUAAAUAUUUCAGGAAUAAGAUGACUGAGAAAGGAAUCUAUGAUAUUGAAAAGGCUCAAAAAACCUGUAAAUAUCCUCCGAAUAAACAUGGGGAGUAACAUAAAAAUGUGAGAAAAUAUAAACCUUAAAGAUUAUUAAAAGGUUAUGAGACACCAACUGGAUUACUGUAUCGUUUUUUACAUAAACCUAUACAUUAUAUUUUGAAAUGUGAUAUUUUGACAACAAAAACUGAUUUCUCAAACAACAAAAAUGAUUAUGAGCAUUCGAUCAGACAAUUGCCAGUUUUAAUUAAAUUGCCCAAAAACUGUUCACAGACAAACAGACAGACACGUGAGUCAUUGCAAUAGCUCUCUAACUGAGCUAAAAUCAACUCUUUAUAAUGACAAUAAAAAUGUUGUACCAAAAGGAAUUGAUUAGUUGAAAAAAGUAAACUAUGUAAUACGCCUACAAGAAAGUAUUAUCUUUAUUGACUAAACAUGAUAAAAAUCAUCAUAUUUUGAACAAAAGAUAAUACAGAUUAUAAUCACUUAUCUGAAAUGAACUU